AUGUCCAUAAAGUCCACAGUUAUUUUGGGGCUAACAUUGCUGGUGCAGUUAUCAGUACAGGCCAGUUUGCCAAGUGAUUUAUUUUAUAAUGCUGGUGUAGUGGAAUUCCGCUCUUCGGCAGCUUUGACCUCCGCGGGACGUGUAAAUGACAACCUAAAUGGUUAUUUGGAUAUUUUGGCUUCCCAAGAAGCCGAAAAUCUCGAUAUUGUUGUAUUUCCCGAGAGCACCUUAAACAGCAAUGAUCAAGCGACCUUUGUACCGGAUCCCCAGAAAUCGCUAAUAGCACUCUGUGAUGAUGCCGAAGAUAUUUAUCACAACCUGCUCAAACAAUUAUCCUGUGCUGCCCGUAAAUACAACCGUUAUUUGGUUAUAAAUCUCACCGAAAAAGAAUUAUGUUCAAGUGUACCCGAAGAUCCCAGACCCUGUGCCUCGAAUGGUUUAAAUAUUUACAACACCAAUGUGGUAUUUGAUCGUAAAGGUCAGGUAGUAUCACGUUAUCGCAAAGUCCAUUUAUAUGGUGAAAAUAAAAAUUCCACAUUGCUGCCGGAAUAUGGUUGGUUCGAUACCGAUUUUGGGGUACGCUUCGGCCACUUUAUAUGUUUUGAUAUUUUGUUUUAUACCCCGGCCCAAGAAAUGGUCGAUAAACAUGGCAUCAAGGAUUUCAUAUUUACAACUAUGUGGUUUUCGCAGCUGCCAUUUUUGACCGCUGUUCAGGUUCACCAAGGCUGGUCCUAUGCCAAUGAUGUUAAUUUUCUAGCUGCCGGUUCCUCAAAUCCGCUGGUUGGCAGCACCGGUUCUGGUAUCUAUAAUGGACGUAAGGGUAUAAUAGUGGCCACAAUGACAACCGGAGUGGGACAACGCAAAAUCUAUACGGCCAGGGUGCCAAAAUACCAAACUGCAAAAUUAAGGCAAAAAAGAUCCGUAGAACCUGGAGUAAUUAGUCGUCUAACAAAACCAAAUAUCUUUUUAAAACGUGAUUAUUUGCAAAACUAUGAAAGUGUAGUGGUGGAUUUGAGCAAGGGUAAUAGCUUGAAACAAGAUCUAUGCUAUACAAAUACUUCCUUCUGUUGUUCUUUUGAUUUGAAAUGGCAGUCACUGGCCUUGAAGGAGAAUUCAGUACAUUACCACUAUCGUUUGGGUGUUUAUGAUGGUUUGCGCAAUGAAGUGGCAGCGGAAACAAAUUUCUUAAAAAAUUGUGCAUUGUUUAGUUGUGUGGGUGAGGAUAUUAUGGAUUGUGGUAAAACAUAUGACGUCGAUACAGAUGUGAUAUUUGAAAAUGUUACCAUUACGGCAACAUUCCCAAAGACCACGGAAGGUUUCCUCUUGAUGCCGAAUAGUUUAAGGGGUGAUGAUUUGAUGCCGGUUGCAGUGGGCGAAUUUGAGUGGUCCGAGGAGGUGACGAAAAACAAUCAAAUAAAGGUACGCCACAGCUUGAACACAACCAUCAGUAACCUCUUGGCCUUUUCAAUUUAUGGUAAUUAUUAUGAUAAUUUUGUUCCUGUGGAAGGUGAUGGUGCAGCAACAAUUAGCAUUUCACUACUGUGUGGACUCAUGGCGUUAUUGUUGAAUUAUAUUUUAUAA